AUGGCUCUUGGAAUGUCUUAUGAACAUCUUGUUCCUUCUUCAGGCCAGGGCCAAGGAAUAUUCCGCCGCAUAUGGCAGGCCUGUGCUGACCGAGCAAUACCAUCAGAGUAUGUAUACACCCCCACCCCCUAUAUUCUAGAAAUCUUGGCCUCAAGCUUACGGUUUAGUAGUUUUUCUCGAAAACCAGAUCUUCCUGAAAGUCAACACGACGUUAUAGAGAGUCCAAGGGCAACAGAUUCUGAAGGGCAAUCUCACAUUGCUUCGUCACCCAAAUCUUUUAAGUGUAGUGAUUGCAAUUACACUUCUAAACAUAAGGGAACACUUGAGCGCCACGUAGGAACAAAGCAUAAUGCCACAAGGCAGCUACAUCUAUGCCCAGUUCCGAAUUGCAAGCGAUCUAAAAAAGGAUUCUCUCGCCCUGAUAACCUCGCCCGACAUAUAAAACAAGUACACCCAGAAGAAAAAUACCAAACGGAUGGCAUUGCAUACAUUGGGAACCACAACCAGUACCUACUUUCCAGCAAUCCUGACUCCAGUUCAGAGGCAUCUAGUACCCAAGAAUCAUCACCGGGUGGUUCCACGGCUACGUCAUUUAGCGAGACAGAGGACGGUUGGUGCUCGAUCACUGACAGUAGCUGGGAAGUUAGUGCCUCGAUUGAAGAGGUGGGAUUCCAACGGGACGGCGGGUGGGAGGAUCUAGGGGGGCCCAAUGCGUAUGUCGUCAAGCAACCAUUGAACCGGAUAUCAAUAUCUGAUCUUCGAGGUCUACUUCAACUCGCCGGUGAGGAUGCCCUUAUACAACUUCCAGAUGAACCUUCGCCGAGAAAAGGAGACGAUAUAAGAAAAUCAAUAAAAGAGGCCCUAAAUGCAAAGGAAGAUGCACGGUCCUUCGUUACACUAACGAGCCAACUUCCCACGUGCACGGGUUCACCUACUUCUUCUUAUACGCCACCUUCCAAUACACCCCAUCAAGCUUUUGAACUUCUUGACCAAAAGAUUCGGAAAACUAUGGAACCGUCGAAAGAUAAACGAAUCAAUCAACACAGAGUCUUACAUUUAUAUGACAAGUUUCUCGAAGAGGCGAAUAACGCAUACCUCAAGCUCAUAGACGCUACUGAAGACCCGAUAAACAUGAGGUCACCAGCCCUUAAGGAUUUCAUCUCAUCGCUUAUCAAUGUGGAAAAUAUAAUCACUGCUGGCUCUGCUGCACUUUCUGAUUUUCUUGAUCGGAAAGUUCCAAAGGACCUGAAAAGCAUCUACUGCAUGUUGCAUGUUUCCUAUUCGAUGUCUCAUUCUACCACAUUAUCGCACUCUCCACAAAUAACAGAUACACAGUUUUCAGAGUCAGCUGCCACUUGGAAAGAAUGGUUACCUGUAGUUUCUGACUCUGGUGUUCGAGAGCGAGACGUAUUCGAGGAAUUACUGGAGAUAAUGUGGUCCGAGAUGAAAGGAGGGCUGGAGCUUAUGGAGAAUCUAACUGAAUGGAUCGAGAAUCUUAAUCGCGAGCAACUUAUGAUUGAGGAGGAAACAAAUCCCGAUUUACCAACUACCGGUGUCUUUCAAGACGGCGACCCCCUCUAUCCGGGGGUUUCUGACCCCUUAUUCCCGGAUCUAUGUUGUGACCCACACUUAUUUUCGCCACCUGUGAGCCUGGGUCCGCCCCCAUGGGAAUCUUUGUCUGCGAGUCUGGUUAUUACGGCUGCCUCAUCAUUUUUACAAGAACUCGAAUCAUCUGGUAUCCUCUUUCUUGAUCGUUUUGGAAUCCUCGAAACCCUUUUUGCGAGUCGGGUUUGCGAUGACAAGAAGGACUUAUCACAAUCGGCUGGAUGCCUUGAUCACAUGCUACCAGAUGUCCAAGAACGACAAAAGGUAGUGAAAUCGAUGCAAAGGGCUCUGGAUUGCCCAAUCUAUCCCCAGGCUUCAUCCAUUGUUUCUAAAGCCUCGAAUCUUUUCCUCAAGGGCUACUUAGCCGGCUUAGAGGAUCUCGAGGAAUGCGCCAUCUUUUUCCUCAGGGUUCUAUGCAAACCUUCGCACUCAGUUUUGAACUUUUUCUCGGCAAUCGUUGCACACUUUACCGAUUACUACCAUAGCCAACUCCCUGCAAGGGUGAAAUGCCCACAUGAUCGGUAUAAGAAUGCCUGUUAUGUGUCGAGUAGAUUUAAAGAGGCAGAGGGGUUCAUUCGCUCAGCCCGCCGUUCAGGUUCUACGCCUACAUCUUCACCAAUAUCAGAUGUUACAUCGCCGAACCCCCCGGAUCCCCAGGCACCCAUGUGCUCAAGACAGAGGUAUCAUAAUCAAACAGGAGUUGACGAGGGAAUAACAAUCCCAAGUAAGAUAUCAAAUCUCAACGCGGAAACAAUACAGGGCGGGUAUAAAAGGAAGUUCAGGUUCAAGGUCGAAACAGGCAAUCCUGCGUCGAGGAAGAAAUUCAAAACCAAACAUUAUCCAAACUUACACAGCAUUUAA